GACACAGGUGCAGAAGUGGUUGUCCAGAAGGAACUAUUUCCUGGAGUGCAAGUAAACACAGCAUAUUUUGAAGAGGAACAAAAGGUCAAUGAGCUGAAAAAUGAAGUGGCUGAACUGGAUAUUGUGCUUAUAAAUGAACAACUGAAAGAGCUGGCGAAUUUACAAACUGAACUGGAAACAUGGAAAGCAAAAUCUUUGUGCCGUAGUCAAGAAGCGUUUCCCAAAGCAACAGGAUCAAACAGAGCAGAGCUGCACACCACAGAGCCUGCAGUGCCCUGCUGGGACAGGCUGCUUCAAGAACUAGAUGCUGUUAAGGCAGUGAAGCAACAACAGUACUGUUUAAUUAAUGAGUACCAGAAAAAUCUUUCUGCUGUGCAGUCCUCAAUGAAAAAUUUGUCAACAGAAAAAGAUAAUAUAAGAAUGGGUCCUAUGAACAACACAGUUCUUCUGGAGAAAAUUAAGGCAUGCAUAGAGUCCUUACAAAAAGAAAAAGAUGUCUUAAACCAGUUGAAAACUCAGCAAGAAAGUUUAUCUGAGCAUUUAACAUGCAUGGAUAAAGUGUUAACUGAAAGCCAAAUGAGGCAACUGGAGCAAUGGUGGCAACACAUGGAACAAACAGUGCAAAAGAAAUACGAUCAAGUGGUGGCAGAAAUCGAUGAAUUUAACCUGCUUAUGAAUAAAGCACAGGACAUUCAGAGACUGAUAGAAGAACAGUGUUUACAAGCAGAGUUAUAUUCCUCAGCUGCAGGAGAAGCCAAAUACCCUGUACUUUGGACCACAGAGCUACAGGACAUUAAACAUGGUCUUUCUCUAUUAAAAAGAAGGAUUGAACUGCAGAUGAAAAGAAUUUGGAGUGAUCAAGAGAAGGUAGCUUUGGAGAACUCUAUACAUGAUUUGCAGAGCAAAUUGGAAGCGUUAUCAGCACAGCAAACUCCUCGAGAGGAUGUUCAGAUCACUGGUCCUGCUCUCAUGAAACACGAAAUGGUGAAGAGGCUGAAAGAAAAUAUUUCAUGGGUCAACGAUUCACUGUCCUCUCUUGAUCAGAAAGCAGCACUUUUCCCCAGUGAUGUUAAAUCACAGAUCAGAAGUUGUCAGCUUAUGAACACAGACAUUCUAAGCAGAGAGCCUGUGAUUGUGUCACUGGAUUAUGGGCUCCAGCACAUCAUUUCCAACUUGAAGCCAGAGGAGAUCUCUGAUAUGACCUUCCUUUUACAAACAUUGCAGAAUUCAUACAAGGCUCUUGUUUUAAAAUCAGCUCAAAGAUUACAGCAGCUAGAGCUCCAGCUGGAGGAGAGGCAAAGACUUAUUGCAGAAAUAGAGAAAGUUCACUGUCAGCUUCGAAAUGCUGAGAUGCUUGCCAGGCCCGACAUGAACCAAACCAGCACAUGGGCAGAAUUAAUCAAUCAACAAGCCAUUUUAAAGGAGAUUUUAAAGGACGUACAGGAAAUAGAAGGGCUUAUCUCAUCCCACUGUAAAGAGAGUCAGAUCACAGCUGGGGAACUCAGCCUGUCUGAACAACUGUUUUUGACUGAUCAAUUAAGAAGUCUGAAGAACAGAGCAAGGAAGACACAGAGGCAAAUUCAGAGUAAACUUCAUGAAGUAGAAAAAAAGAUAGCUGUCUGCAGAGAGUUUGCUGGAGGAAUAACUUCAUUGCAGCAAGAUCUUCAUGAUCUACAGUAUAGUGAAAUGCAUCUGGAAGACGAUGAAUUAUUAGGUGCCAAGCAGGAAGUGAAGGAUAAAUGCAAAGCACUUAAAGAAAAAGUGUUAGCUUUUCAGUCCAAUUUGUCACAAAUAAUGAAAUACAAAGAAAUCUUUGAAUGUGUAGGUCUAAAGUGGGACUCACUGCAGCUGGAUGAAUUGCAAACCAAUUUCUUUAAAAUUAAAAAUAAAAUUAAAGGGAAGAUAAUACGCUUUGAUAAUGUUGUUAGGGAAUGCGAUAAGGUUCUAGCAUUGCUAAAUGAAAUCCAGGCUGUGACUUCCACAGUAAGAAAAGAAGCUAACUUCCUAAAUGAUAGCUCUAGUUCUCCUUCUCAGAGUCUUCUAUCUGCACAGAUUCUGUUUCAGACAGUUCAACAAAUCUUGCACUUAAUCCAGGAGGUAGCAAAUCAAAUAAACAAAAAUGAGGUCUUUGGUACACUGUUCAAAGACUCUAAGAGGAAAGAAAUAAAGAGCUUGGAGAAAGAUGUUGAGGAAUUGAAUCAGUUUCUUCAAAACUUGGUCUCUGAUCUCGAGUGUGUAAACAAGGAAGAUUUCCAGAAGGAAGUAGAACAUACAUUCCACAUCAUAAAGCAUAUUCAAUUAGAGCUCCAGCAGCCGCUUCUGUUAGACAUAAAAAUAAUGCAGUAUGAAAAGAUACGAUGGGAAGCAAUUCAGAAUAUGAUGCAAGCAAAGUUUUCUGCUAUUAAAUGUAAAAUGGAAAAAGAGAGGGAAAACCAAGAAGAAAAAUCUCUUGCUGCUGAUAUAGAAACAAAAUUACAGACACUUCAAGAUCAUGAAAUACAGCUGAAGAUAGACAUUGCUGCCCGUGUUAGUGCUCUGGAGGAGGCAUGUAAGACUGUUGAGCUUUACACCAACGCUGUUCAGACGGCUGCCAGGUUCCUUGAGGACUAUGAAGCUCAAGUCCAGUCUGCCGCAGCAGAGCUCGGUGGCUCAGAGGUCUGUCAGACCCCACAGUGGAAACAAGAGGAGUUCAACUCGGCAAAGGCUAACAUAGAAAACCUGUGCUCCAAGCUGAAAAACCUAGUGAAACCAGAAGACAAAACAUGUCUGGAAAAUGCUUUAACAGAACUAGUCAAUAAGAGUUUGGCAUUAAGGGAGAAGGCUCAAAGAAAGGAAGCUGAUAAACAGAGGUAUUUUGAAAAAUACGAAAACUACAUGAAAACCAAAGAUCAGGUGUGUGAUAAUCUUAACAAACUGGAAAAGGUGCUUAGACAGUCUUUGUCUCAAAUACCAAUGUCUUAUAAAGAAGCUUUGGAGCACUUAGAAGAAAGCAAGAUUUUAGUCUCCAACAUUGACUCGGCUGAAGAUGAUCUUGUGAAGCUGAGGAAGAUCUCUGGAGAGCUGAUGAGAUUAUGCAGAAGUGACAGGGCACUGGGCAGGAUUGUAACAGUGCUGUGGGAAAAUUGGCUGGAUUUGCUUGAGGCUGCUAAAGGGCUGGAAAUUAACUGUGAAGAACUAAAAAUAAAAAAGCACUUUAUCUCAUGCUUUGACGUGCUGUUUACUUAGCUGGAACGAGAAACAAUAAUUCUUGAUAAGCUCCAGGAAGAACAGCCAGAAAGUCUUAAAGAGAAAGAAAAGGCCACCAGAGAGGAACUGGUAGAAUUACUAGAUUCCGUGAACUCAUUUGAGGAAAACAUCAACCAGCAACAGCUCCUCUUACUCUUGCUUCUUCACCGAAUAAGAAACAUCCUGAAUACAUCUGAAAAUACUGAGGCAGAAGCUGCCCUUCCCACCUUAUGUGAGAUAAAGGCAAUGCAGGAUCGCUGUAAAAAGUUGUAUGAAAAGACUCAAGACCAUAAGGAUUCUGUACAAGCUGAGAUUCAAGAGAGGAACAAGAUCACUGAAGAAAUAAGUGCUGUGACUAAUGCGUUACAGAAUGCUUCAUCUGUGUUAUUACAAGAUGCUACUGGAAGGGCAGGACAGCUGGAGGAGGUUCAGAAUGUGAUUGGUAAAGAAAGUCAAACUCUAAAGGAUAUCAUGGAGAAACUCCGGAUCAAGUAUUCUGAAAUGUAUACGAUAGUUCCUGCAGAGAUCGAAACACAGCUGGAGAACUGCAAGAAAGUAUUGCAAGACCUAGAGGACAAGGUUAGCUUUGAAAUCUUGCAGAGCUCUCCUCAGUAUGUGCUGAAGAGAAAAGCAGAAACUAUUAAUAAUGGCCUUCAAGCUAUUGAAAAGAUGUUACAGCAGAAGAGUGAAAACAUUGCAAAAGCCAAAGAAGUUCAGAAGCAAAUCUGGGAUCUGCUGGACCUUUGGCAUUACAAACUCAAUGAACUGGAUGCAGAAGUACAUGAUAUAGUAGAGCAGGACUCCUGCCACGCACAGGAGUUGAUGGAUAUCUUAGUGACCCCCCUUCAGCAGUACCAACAGGUCUCGCAACUCGCCGAGCGCAGAACUGCCAUUUUAAACAAGGCUGCCAACAAGAUGGAAGAAUAUGAUGAACUCUUGAAGAAUGUGAAAGUUUGGAUAGAAAACACCAACUCCUUGCUAAGAGCAGAUGCUCAAAAUGACUCUGCAAAAAGCUUACGCAAACAUACUGAUGACCUUCAAAUGGCUUUGGAAGACUUGGAGCAAAAGCAAAAUCUUCUACACAGUGUUUACUUGGAGCUGGAGGAGCUAACACCAGUCUUUGAAACAGACAGUGUAAUGCAACAACUAAAUGAAAUAGAUGAUCAAGUAGCAACUUUACAUCAUGAGAUAGCAGAGAUUCUUCCACAGAUCCAGCAUGUGGCUGAUGAACUGGAUGCCAUUGAAUCUCAUGUGAAAGUGUUUGAGAAGGACAUUGCCGAAAUGAAGACAAUCCUGUCAUCAGAAGAGCUAUUAGAAUUGUCUCCUAAAGACCAGCUUAAACAUGGACAGGUUAUACUUGGCCAUAUUGGUCCCAUGCGGAAGACCAUUGUUCGUAUACAGUCCUAUGAAGAAGCACUUCAGCUACCAGGGGUGAAAAUACAACCUUUCUCAGCCUUCCAAAGAGCAAGACAACUGUUGAGAGAAUUGAAGAAAUUAGAAAAAAUUACUAAGGAACAAAAUGACCUACUGGAGGAAGCUGUAAAGAAAACAGAAGAAUGUGAGCAAGAAAUUGAAAAGUUGAAACAACUCUUAAAGAACCACUUGGUUGAAAUAUCACAUGAAGAUCAACCACUGGCUCAGAAGACGCAUUGUCCAGAGGGAGAAAUGGAAGCUGUAAAAGAAGAAAUCAUAAAGCUGUGCCAAAGAAAGGAAGAUAUUCUUACUGGGAUGAAGAAUUCAAUGUCUGAGCUUCAUCAGUGCUUACAGCAAGAAGUGCCUGAAUCAGGAGAUGAACCCAUAGCCUCUGUAUUAGCGCGAAGUGACUUGAUUGGGACUGAUGUUCCUGGUCAGAAGUUGAAAAAAAGAGGAAUGAUGUCUCUUCUGCCUUCCUUAGAUGAAGAAUCAGAAGACUGUUCUUUCCAUAGCAAGGGAAGUACAGCCAAAGAGAAAGAUGCAAGUUUUUGGCCUUCAGAAAGAGAUGAUGAAAGGCACAAGGAAGACAGUGCAACCUCCUGGUCUUCUGGUACUUUGUCAGAUGGCAUCAUUCAGGAUGCUGAUGAGAUAAUGGAAUCACACAGUAAACAUGGUGAGGAAACAUCUAGGCAAACUUUGCAGAGUGCUGAAGGCCCUGGCACAGGUGAUGGCAGUCGGGCUAUGGUGAGUCCGCCUCCUGUCCCCAACGUGACGCGGGGCUCUCGAGGGAAAGCGGGAGAUUCGGAGGAAGCGGUGGAUGGCGGGAAGCCAGAGCUAGAAACGAUACUCCAGGUGUGCCAGGCCCAGGUUGCCGAGCUGGAACAAUGGCUAGACAAAACUAAAGUGUCCCUGAGGUCAGACCCCCACACCCCCAAAAUGCAGCAGAUGGUGGAACUGGAGCUUGCUGAUUACCAGGUGAGGUUAUCAGAGAUUGAACAAAAGGUCCUUUCUUUACUGGAAGAUUGUGGAGAUAGUGCAGACUACCAGCAAGAGACAGAGGCUCUUUCCUUGAAGCUGAAGGAAGUGAAGUGCAAUUUGGAAAAAGUCCAGAUGAUGCUUCAAGACAAAUACAAUGAAGAGCAGAUUCACAACAGGAAGGGGAUUGACCCAGAGCCCCUUGAGAUUCUACACUCAAAUGGCUCCAGCACGUCCCAUCUUGCCCUUGCUGAACAGCCACUCAUUUGGCACAACGGUUUCCAGCACCCACAGGAUCUGAAAGUAAAACCAGCUGAGCAGAAAAGCCUCAUUGACUUCAUUGAGUCGUGUGUGGAAAAAAUGCAGCCACAGUUUGAGGACAGCGUGACUCAGAAAUUAGAAUCAAGCAAUGGAGAGUCUGAUCCAAAGAGCAAGCAGGCUGAUCCCACCUUAGCUCCAAAGGACCAAACGGGCAAUAAAUGGCAAUAUUUACAACACGAGCUGUCGUCAAAGAUGAAGUCUCCUCUCGGACAGCUUGUGGAACCUCAGAUUACAACAAAGAUGAACAUGCUGCCCCGAGGCACAUUCACUAGUCCUGGAACCCCAACUGUGGAAGAACUGAAAACUUACACUGUCCAGCUGGGAGACCUAAGCCAAGAAGCAAAUGUGGUGCAUGCACAGGAUAAUGUGGCAGAGGAAGUCUCUUCCAAUUUGGACAGAAAGUUGUUUGAGCUGCUUCUGGCAAUCAGCCGAUGUUUGAAUAACAUGGAGGAGAUGUUGAACACCUCAGUCCUCUCCACUGAAGAGGCAGCUGUGCAGCAGGCUCUUUAUGAGACUCUUUCUGUUGAGCUGCAAAAGCUUCACGCUGACCUGAGUGAUAAAAAGGAUGAUCUUUUAAAGUCUAUUAGCUGUGCUGGUGGGAGCACAGAUGUGUUCUGCGAGUGCUUUAACAACUUGCAGGCACGGCUGGAACAAACUCAAGCUGCCACUGCUUCAAGGAGCAACUCAAUGAAAGCUGGGCUGGAUCAUAAUAGCAAUUAUCAGAAUGAAACCAGGCUGCUCUAUGAUCAGUUAACUGAGAAAAAAGCUACUCUGCAGCAAUGCUUGAAUGCAAUACGUGGACAUAAUAUUUCUGAACAGCUACAG